GCCCAGCUUCUUGCCGUACCAAGGGUGAUUCCAUCUUGUCACCCACAGAGGGAUCACAUGAGAUAGCAUUGCGCCUGCGUGAACUCAGUGCGUUGUUGCCUUCGUUGUGAAUAGAUUGUCUUUUCUGUCCUGCAAAAACUUGGUUUUAGCCACACAAUACCGCCUGAUUCGCCUACCAAAACAUCGAAAGAAAUUCAUGUAGAGAUGCACCCGGUACCAGGAGAGAGACCAUCCAAGUCUUCGAGACGCGGCAAUGAAAAAGACGGGAAAAAGGUCAUAAUUGACUCCCGUCAACACGAUGAAGACAUGGCAAGCGCUCAGAUCAGUGCUUUGCAAAAAUCUACGGAACAAGGCUUUUCCCGGAUGGCCGAGUCGUUGACCACGGCCCUAACACAAACCCUUGAGAGGUAUGUGUGUGAGGAGGUCAACGAGGGUGACUUAAACGACAAUAACUUGUCAAACCCCUCACAAGACAAACCCAGCCAGAAGGCGGGAAAAUCGUCUUCACCGAGCGAACAGAUGGAUGUUGAUGCCUCGGUCAAUGACCUUUUGUCUGAUGCCAAAGAACAUGGCAAUGGAAAGCAACAUGAAGUCGAUGAAUCAGUUGGAGACUUCCUUAAAACUGUUCAAAAUGACCUGAAGUCGGAGGAGACGGGACCUCCCGUCCAUGAACAGCUCGCUAAAAUUGUGACGCGUCUCGUGCGAGACGGCAUGUUAGAAGAGCAGCUGCAAGACAAGAUAAACAAAUAUCCGCAGCCGGAAAACUGUGAAGGUUUAACGAAAGUUCGAGUUAACCAACUGAUUUGGGAUAACCUCAGCUCCACCAUCAGGUCGCAAGACUUGAAAUUCCAAAAAGUGCAAACGUCUGUCGUUAAGGGCAUGACAGCUCUUGCUCGCGUCACUGACGCCAUCUUGAAACGAGUUAAUGAGAUAAAUGGCGGGAAAGUGCUCGCCCAAGAGGCAAUAGAAAGCCUUUUUCUUUUGGUACGUGCAAAUACCGAGCUUAAUGGUAAAAGGAAAGAGCUCAUAAAACCGGACCUACACAUGGAUUACAAACACCUUUGCUCAGCGUCUACAACAGACAGCUGAACUCUUCGGAGACGACUUGUCGAAGCAAGUCAAGGAUAUCUCCGAAGCAGACCGAGUUGGCUGGAAAGUAACUACUUCCACCGUCACUCGUCAUAAAGGCCCGACCCACUCUAACUUUGGAUACAAAAUCCAAUCGUCUGGUGGCAGAGGGAAAUUUUUUCGAGCUGGAGGAAGUCAGAAGCAUUUUUUAGGCUGGCGACAGACCGCAAGUCGCGGUUCUGCCACACAGAAUUUAGACAAGUUUCCCAAGUCGAAGGGUCAAAGCAAGUAAACAAAGCUUCUGAGGACUUACCUGAGGUAAGUAAAAAAUUGUCUUGUAAAACCAGGACAAACGGCAGUUAGAUUGAAAUUAUAUUUCCCUGAAUCGAGAGAAUUGACUUCCGAUCCACAGAUUCUCAAAACCUUCAAGGGUUUUAAUGUUGAUUUUGUUGACUGCCCUCCUGUACAAAUGCUUCCCCCAAAGGAAAUCGCUUUUAAUUCGGAAGAAUCACAGAUUAUCAGUUCAGAAUUAGACAAACAUCUGCCAAAGGGGGUCAUUGUGAAAUCACAGCACUGUCAUGGAGAAUUUCUCUCUACUAUAUUUCUUCGUAAAAGGAAGACUGGAGGGUAUAGGCUCAUUCUCAAUUUGAAUUUCAACUUUAAAAAUCAAUAUAUUAGCAACCGUCAUUUUAAAAUGGAAAGCUUAACUUCAGCAAUCUUGCUUAUGACACCUGGAUGUUAUAUGGCAUCUGUAGACUUGCAAGAUGCAUAUUAUUCGGUUCCAAUCAAUGAGACAUGCUUCUGCUCCUCGAAUUUUUACGAAAUUGCUUAAGCCUGUCUACUCUACCUUAAGGCAAAUGGGACACACAAAUGUGGGCUACACUGAUGAUUCAUACUUACAAGGGCCCUCAUUUGAUGACUGCAGUAAUAAUUUUCAGGACACUGUCCAC